AUGGAAACACUUUCGAUAAGCUAUCAGCGACUAUUCGAAGCGCUUGAUCCGAUGAGUAUUCGGAGUCUAUUAGCUCUAGCGCCCCCAUCCGAAAGUCACCACCCAAACCUAACGCCUCCCCUCUGCGAACAACCAAAACCGCAACACUCCUACAUUGGGCUGAUUGCAAUGGCAAUCCUCUCAUCCCCGGAGCGAAAAAUGAUCCUCUCCGAGGUCUAUGAUUGGAUUGUCCUGCACUAUCCAUAUUUCCGAACCCGCGGAAGUGGAUGGCGCAACUCCAUCCGUCACAACCUCUCCCUAAAUGACUGCUUUAUCAAAGCUGGCCGGGCGGCAAAUGGGAAGGGCCACUACUGGGCCAUCCAUCCGGCAAACCUGCGCGACUUUGAGCGCGGAGAUUUUCGGCGGCGUAGGGCGCAGCGCAAGGUUCGUCGCCAUAUGGGUCUUUCGGUGCCAGAGGGGGAAUCUUCAGAUGAGAGCCCAAGCGCGUCUCCGAGGUUGUUCCCAUUGGUUGCCAGUAAUCCGUUGAGUUACGCAAGCCCAAUCUUCGGCUUCACCGUCCCCUACCCGGUCCAAUUCGACCUCCAAAAAGGCACGAACGAAGAGUCGCCUCUCCAACGGCCACCAGUACUUCCAAAAAGUUUCACGAUUGACGCGAUCCUGAAUUCA